GAGAGCUAAGUUCCUAGACCUUUUGGCAGCAAGGAAGAAUGAAUGCACUGUGUGCCCAUCUGUUUUCAAAAGGAAAAAUUCUUGUGCCAAAUAUUUGACUGUGAUUGACUGCAGAUGCUAGACAAGGUGGGUGAUACUACAACAUAUAGGUGCAAUUGGCUUUGUAUUAAGUUUUGCAUAACUGAUUGUGCCUGGUACAGUUUCUGUCUGUAUCUAUCUUAGGUAUUUACAAGGCAUCUAUCACCUUGGUACCUAAGCAGUUUGAAAAAUGCACCCACCACUGGAGGCAUGAUGCAGAUACAGGCAGAGGCCCAGGUCCAGAGCAGCAGAGGCAGGUUCCAGGAAGCUCCCCAACUGUGGUACUGCUGUUGUUGAGCUCCUGGCCCAUUUGUUGUGGCCAAGCAACAUCUCCAGCUACCCGUCAGCAGGAAGACGGUACCCCGUCCCUCAAGUCCAGCUCCACUGGUGGGCAGUCUGAAAAGGAAAAAUAAUGAAUGGAAAAGGCAACGAUCCAGUAGCAGAGGUGAAACAGAAAUGGUGGGAUUUCAAAAGGAGGGAUUCUUAAAGAGCAGCACAUCUCAGGGGAGGGAUCAACUGCCAGUCCAAGUGGCAGAUGUCACUGGGGAACAAGAUGGGGAGGUUCCUGGAUCCUCGGGGCAAGCCGGCCGUCACCGAGGGAGCUCGCCGUCCACGCCGGCAGAAGAACAGGAAUCCUCGGUGCCUGCCUCUGAUGAAGACUCGCCGGCCAGGACCACAGAGAGCUGGCAGUGGCCGUUGUCCUCAUCUGAAACGCACAGCAACGUUGGGGAAGAUUUUGAGGGAUUUCAAACACCAGCGCGGACUCCGGAGUGUACCAUGGACAUACAGUCUCCCGGGGAUCAGUCACUCAGUAGGACUCCUCAGUUUGAAAGUGACUCUCCUGAGGAGGAGGAGGGAAAUGAUGAAAUGAAUGAAGAGCACCGCGGUGUUGAGCCUGUCCCUAGGGAUCGGGGUUGGAGAGGGCAGCCCCAGCUAACAGAGGGAGAGAAGCUGUUGAUGGAAACCAACAGUAGGAUUGUGCAGCUGCUGGAAAAUAUCAAGAGGGAGCAUGCGCAGUCCAUGGGCCUCAUGUCGCAGUCCAUGGGCCGUAUGGAGCUGCAGCUAGGCAUUGUGGCUACCUCCACAAGAGCCAUCCAUAACUACCUGUCAGAGAUUUUAGCUUUCCUCAAGCAGCCAAGGACACAGGUCCUUGAGACACGUAUCUCCCAAAGAGCCACCCCCCAUGUCGAGUUAACUUGUGCCUCGACAUGGACUGGUGAGGACGCAGUGGCAACCUCCACUGUGUGCUUACCGGGGGCCGAAGGGACUAGUGACUCUCGAGAACCACCACAGGCCACUCUGCCUUGUCGCAGUGGCCGGCUGCAGAGAGCCAUAACCGAGAGGGCCUCAUUGCCCAUGCCUACACGCCAGGCAAAAGGGGGAGGGAAGAAAAAAUAACCAUACCACAGGAUUUUUAGCUUUCUUUCUU